AUGUCUGGUGCGAGAUUGCCCACCGUACGCCUGCCGACUGUCGUUGCAGGCCAAGGAGUCGACGAGGAACGUCUGGGUCAGGAUUCGGCUGUGGUGGAGCUACCUCCCUCAAAGUUUGGUAUCUCGCUUAGUUCAUCAGAAGGGGAGACUGAUGUAUCGGAGGAAGAGUUCAAUCCACCCGCCAGGAGGGCUCCGAGAUCGGGAGAGGGCGACGACUCGGAGUUCGUAACCCCCACGAAACACCUGAACUCGGACCAGAACCCACUGGAUCGACCUCUUCUGUCAUUGCAGAAUCCACGAAGAACCCCCUCUGGUGAUAAAUCGCCGCCGACCAUCAUUGAGCUGCCGCCGGAAUAUGGCCACUUCCACGAACUUUCGCUGGAGCUCGCCGAUUCCGUCCAAAUGGUAAUCCAGACUUUGCUUCAACUUUCACCACCGCAGGUCCUGGACCCAGUGAAGGAGCAAUUCUCCGCGUGUUCCCUAUCUAUCCCCACACCUUCCAUUUCUGCCAUGUUUACGUCUAUGAAAAAUCUGAAUUACAUGUCUGCAAACAUGUCUACCCUUAGCCUCGACUCUUUUGCGCAGAACACUCCAGAAGGGAUCAAGACACUACAACCACAACCAUCCGUGGUGUGGACUGACUUUGACGUCGGAGAGAUGCUGCAAAGCGUAGGAGAUGCAUUGAGCGGUGUUGCAGCCCAAAGUGGGGUGGACCUCGUUUUGUUUCACCAUGAUUUAGGCCUGAAGCACGUCGCUGUGAGAGGGGACGAGAGCGGAAUCUCGUAUACAUUAUCGCAUGUCAUUCGUCAGAUAAUUGGCACUGCAUCUCGUGGGGAUGCCAUUGAGAUUGGUUUGUUCGUCGAGGGGACGCAGUCCGUGACAACGCCUUCGCCAAAUACUGACGACGAUCCCGCCGCUGAUUCGUCUGUCAGCCCAGCCCCAUCCCCCAUGUCUGACCCUGCAGGGCCUCUGCGGUGCAAAUUCCACAUAGCCCACAGAUUUUCUGCGACGGAGGUCGAAGAGGUCGACUCGCCCGAGACUUCUGCGUCGUCGUCGCUCCCGUUUAUGCGGCCCGAACCUUCUUUCAGUAGUCUUCUCCUACGACGGUUACUUCGGCACGUCAAUGCAUCUCUGGAGACAGACGUCCACACGAAGCACCCAUUUCCAGGACGCCCAUAUGAGCUGACGAUGACAUUGGAGCGUGGUUUGCCUUCCGUCGUCGAUCCAGUUGUGAAUCUCCCGCCGGAGGAUGCGGCUUCACUGGGAUAUCCAGAUUUCCGGAUUGCUCAAGAACCCACUCUCGAGCAGUUGAAUCAAUUCGCGGAGUCUAUGAGAGGCAAGAAGGCGACACUUUUCGCCAAUCCUGACGGAUCCUUUGCCCAUCAUCUCACGAGUUACUUGACUGCAUGGGGCUUGGAUGUUAGUCAUAUGCCCGCCGAUUCACAGACGGGAGGUUCGUCUGAGCCAGCAGAGAGGAGUCCGGAGGUGGCGAUGAGUUCUGUCCUGGUGCGGGAAGACAUCCCGAGUCUAGGGCUGUCGGAGCAGGUGCCGACUGUGCCAUCGUACUCUGGUGGUACACCGACGACCGCUAAUAGUCUGUCGUUCAUUCUGAUUGAUGAUGACGUUGCAGUUCUGCAUAGCAGACUACAAACACUCAAAGCCGAGCUCGCGUAUCCUUUGACUAUCAAUCCGCGAAAACGCCCUUCUCUGGCGGCAAAUCAUCGACCACGUUCAUCGCCUCAGGUUGCUCGGGUCAUGGGCUUAACUUCGGCGACAGUACCAGCUGCUUCACAAGUUGUGGUCGUUCAUUUCACCUCGCUAUCAAACUUCAAGCUGGUCAAGGACGCUAUCCAGUCUGUCCUUGCGCCCGGCAGCAAUACUUCAUCUCGCGUCCCAGAAGUCAUUGUGAUUCCCAAGCCCGCCGGCCCUCGUCGCGUGCUCACGGCUCUGCACACGGCUUUCACGAAACCCAUUGUCGAUCCUUAUUUUGCCCCCAUCGCGACAUCCCCUAUCAGUCCAGGGUUCCACUCUCCUUUCUUCAACAUGGACCUGCCCAAGUCACCAGGUGGACGGUCGACCGCCAGUAUGCGCACCGCGUCCGACAGGACGGCUAGGUCGCCGAAGGAGACCUUUGGAGACACAUCCAGCGCUACGUCUUCGUCUCCCCGAGGCGUCCCCGAUGGCAUGGAAUAUUUUUCAGAUGCGGCUGCGAAGCUGGGAACUUCGCCAGCCUCGGGGCUCAUCAUUCAGAGUCCCGAUGGACAGCCUACCGGAAUCUUUUUCCAACCUAAAGCCAAGGGUGCACGAAAUGUACCCAGUCUCAACGCUGAGCGCGAGCGCGGCCAAUAUGUACAAUCCAGCCAGCGCACGAGAGGCGGUUCUUUCCGGCGCGGUUCAGGUGGCGACGAGACUGCGAUCAAGAUGGGGGCGCUGACGAUGACGCCGCAAGAGAUCGUUCGACGCAGCCCCCGAAAUGCUAUCAAUGUUGAUAUCUCUGAUCGCCAGACAUCUGACGCGGCAGCGGGGGCGCGCCGGUGGCCACCUGCUGUGGGCGAAGAUCCUCCUCCGCUCAGUAUCGGACAAAGUAGCGCUGGUCCAAGUUCGGGUGUGCCCACGCUGGAUGAGCAGUCCAGGUCGCAGACUGUCCCACGGGUGCCGACCAGGAAGGCGACUGCGCCGGAUCCUCCAACAUCGCCAUUGCGUUCGCCAACCACGCCCACCACACGUCGAGGCGCUCGACGGCCCGCAGUGGAGGCCAUUGUGUCUGCUCCCGCUGUUGUACAGAAGAAGGGCAAUAGAUAUGCGGAUGGUUCUAUUGUCCCGCCGAUCAGCGUGCUCAUCGUCGAAGAUAACCCCAUCAACCAGACUAUUCUGUCCACAUUCAUGACGAGGAAGGGUAUCAAGUAUGAUGUUGCGAAGAACGGAGAGGAAGCCGUGCAGAAGUGGCGAUCCGGCGGAUUCCACCUCAUUCUGAUGGACAUCCAAAUGCCUGUCAUGGACGGUAUUCAGGCGACCAAGGAGAUCAGGCGCAUAGAGAAGUUAAACGGGGCGCCAGGCUUCCCAUCCACGCCGCAGUCUGAGGGCCAGCAGACACCCUCGGAUACUUCCACGACAGAUCGGUCGGCUCUGACGCCUCCUUACAGGUCUUCCGUAAUCAUCGUAGCAUUGACCGCCUCCUCGCUGCAGACGGAUCGUGUGGCAGCCCUUGCUGCGGGAUGCAACGACUUCCUGACGAAGCCCGUGUCCCUCCACUGGCUGAACAGCAAGAUCAUCGAGUGGGGGUCGAUCAAGGCGUUGCAAAUGUGGGCGGACAUCCGUCCGGACGUGGUGAAGAGUAUUUCUACGGGCCAGGCGGCGCAGGCGCAGAAUGUCGCGCGGCGGCUGCAUGUGCCUGAGGGACGAUCGACGCCGUCUCGGAGUCGUUCACCCUCAACUACGGCGAUUUUUUCGCGGAAGCAGGGGUCUUCUGUGGAGCUGCCGCCCAUGGACCGCGACAAGACGAUCACGCCGAACACUCCGCUCCACGAAGAAUCGUUGGGGGUGUCCUCGCGCUCGUCGCCCGAAUCUGCGAACGUCCACCCUCCGUUCUUCUCUCAAAAACGAACCCUCGUGCAGCCUGUUACGACCUUGGAAACUGCGACGGCCGGACAACCUCAGACGCCUGCCCAGGCCUACCAGUCUGCCGGUGGCGAGUUACCGUCUGCAGAUGACGAGCCAUCUCUUGCGCCGUCGCCGUCGCCUGGAGACCGUACGACAGAUGUUGUGGCAGCAUCUCGAGACCUUGACAAAUUCAGCGAUGCCGAGAGCAUGUCUGAAUCUGUCGGUGCAACACCUCCCACAGAUGUUCCCCCGAGUUCGGGCGACGACAGCCAGGCGCCUCCGCCUCCGACGCCGCCGCUACCGCAAUGA